GGUGCUGGGGGCUGGGCCAUGGUCUGAGGGAGAAGCUGAGUUCUGGGUGCCCAGUACUUGUUUACCACCUUCAGUUCUAAGAGCCAACGCAUGAUGUCGCUCUGCCCCCAGUGGGGGGCAGAAGGGGUGGGGCCAGGGGCGGGGCCUUACGACCCCCAUGUGGGGGCGGGGUCUUGCUCCUGGGCAGGCCUCUACUAGCAGGGCCCUAAGUGCCAGGCACUGAGCAGAGCAGGCAGCCGGAGGGUCAGGCAAGCCGUGGAGGAGGUGAGGGUUGCAGGUCUGGGCACAGGUGGGAACCAGGGCAAGGUUACACAGCCUGAGGCAGGCAGGACUUGGUACUGGAAAUCACCAGCUGGCCACCUAGGUCCUCUGGGGGAGCUCGGCUGCACCCCGUGACCGGAGAGCAGUAGUCCGGUGUUUUGGAAACAGAUUCGGGGAUGCCAGGCAAGCAGCCAGAAGCAGCAGCGGAGGCCAGGGUUGCCGGGGCCGAGGAUGAAGCUGUGGAGGGCCUGGGGGGCCUCACCAUGGAGGAGCUCCAGCAGGGCCAGGAGGCGGCCCGGGCCCUCGAGGACAUGAUGGCCUUGAGUACACAGUCCCUGGUCCGUGCGGAGUUGGAUGAGCUCUACCAGGAAGUGCGUGUCCUGGGCCAGGGCCGCUUUGGCCGGGUCCUGCUGGUCACCCAUCGACAGAAAGGCACGUCCCUGGCCCUGAAGCAGCUUCCCAAGUCUUCCACCUCCCUCCGGGGCUUCCUGUAUGAGUUCUGCGUGGGCCUGGCGCUGGGCACGCAUCCGGCCAUCGUCGAGGCCUACGGCAUUGGCAUUGAGUCUGCCGCUUCCUACAGUUUGCUGAGUGAGCCUGUCCUGCAUGGUGCCCUCAUCGCCUUCAUCCAGCCCAAGGUGGGUCUCACGCAGCCUGCAGCACAGCGCUGCGCCACUCAGCUGGCCUCAGCCUUGGAGCACAUCCACGCGCAUGGCCUGGUGUACCGGGAUCUGAAGCCUGAGAACGUGCUGGUGUGCGACCCGGGCGUGCAACGCGUCAAGCUCGCCGACUUUGGCCACACGCGGCCCCGCGGCACGAUGCUGCGCCUGGCCGGGCCACCCAUUCCCUACACAGCCCCGGAGCUGUGCGCGCCGCCGCCACUACCGGACGGCCUCCCCAUCCAGCCCGCCCUGGAUGCCUGGGCGCUGGGUGUCCUGGUCUUCUGCCUCCUCACCGGCUACUUCCCCUGGGACCAGCCCCUAGAAGAGACGGAUCCCUUCUACGACGACUUCCUGGUGUGGCAGGCCUCAGGUCUACCUCAGGACCGGCCGCAGCCCUGGUUCGGCCUGGCACCUGCUGCGGAUUCCCUCCUGUGGGGGCUGCUGGACCCUCGGCCACGGAAGAGGAGUCCUGUGAGCGCGGUGCGGGGCUACCUGGGGCGCCCCUGGAGGCAGCGGAAGGGGGAGGUGGAGGAAGUGGAGGAGGUGCAGGAGGUGGACAAGGUGGAGGAGGUGGGGAAGCUGGAGGAAGCCGAGGGCCCAGGUGGAGAUUGA